GAGAGAGGAAGACGCUGCGAGAGAGAGUGAAAGGGAGAGAGAGAGAGCGAGAGAGAGAGAAGUUUCCCUGCUCCUGACGCACGGUCGCCGCUCGUUCACUUCAGACGAUGGCACGUCCGUAUCCGUGUGCAGCGGCGUCGCGAUCGGAGCCACGCUGCCUUCAAGACAACUGAGGGAUCCUGAAAAGUGUCACCAUGGCUGAAUUUGGAGAGAACAAGAGCGCCGUCGGUCCUCCGGCCGCCGGCCGGAAAGCUGCCUCAGGAGGAGCCGGGGUGAGCGCGGAGGCGCACCGAGGAGAGCCGGUGUCAAACGGAAACUGCAGCGUGUCGGACACCGUGAAGAGGGUCCAAAAGGAAUCCAGCUGCGAGUCCCCGACGUGGGAGAGCACGGGUUCAGAUUCAGCCUCCAAGCCGAUCCCUCGACGCAGCAGCCUGAUCAAGGAUGGGUCACGUGCCGGUCGGGAGAGGAAGAAGACGGUGUCUUUCAGCAGCAGCCUGUCAGAGAAGAAGAUCAGCAGUGCUGCAGACUGUAUCCACUCCAUGGUUGAGGGGAGUGAGCUGAAGAAAAUCCGAACCAACUCACGUGUUUACCAGCGUUACUACCUGCUGGACACGGGCCUCCAGGCUCUGUGCUGGGAGCCAUCAAAGAAGGAGUCAGACAAAGCCCGGAUCUGUCUCGCCUCCAUGCGAGAGGUACGGACAGGUCGUAACACAGAAACCUUCCGCACCAGCGGGGUUUAUGAGCAGAUUUCAGAGGACUGUGCAUUCUCCAUCAUCUAUGGGGAGAUGUAUGACAGCUUGGACCUGGUGGCCAACUCUGCUGAAGUGGCUAACAUUUGGGUGACUGGCCUAAGGUAUCUGAUGCAGUAUGGCAAACAUGCCCUCGACAUGCUCGCCAGCAGUCAGGACAGCCUUCGCGUUGUCUGGCUGGAGCAGUUGUUCUCCUCUGCUGCUGAUUCGGACAGACAGGGAGACGUCGACGAUGGGAUCCGCUUGCAGUCUGCCAUUAAGCUGAUACAGAGUGUGAACCCUGGGGUUAGCAGCGGCAAGGUGGAGCACAGGUUUAAAGAGCUUCAAAGAGUGAGGGAGAGGAUGUGUGGCCUCAGUCUAGACAAUGGAUCUGGAGUUAAAGAUCACAGCGAAAACAAAAAACUAAUAGGAAGAAAUGAGCGAGUCACCAAGCAGGAGUUCAUUGAGGUCUUCCAUGACUUUUGCACGCGUCCGGAGAUCUACUUUCUGUUGGUGCAGUUCUCGAGCAACAAGGAGUUUCUGGACACCAAAGACCUGAUGAGGUUCCUCGAGGCUGAGCAGGGCAUGGCUCAGGUGAGUGAGGAGACCAGCCUGAAGCUCAUCCAGUCCCACGAGCCAUCGGAGGAGGGCAGGCAGCAGGGAUACCUGUCGCUGGAUGGCUUCACCAGCUACCUCACUUCAACAGAGUGCCACCUCUUCGACAAGGAGCACGACUCAGUGUGCCAGGACAUGUCCCAGCCUUUGUCUCACUACUACAUCAGCUCCUCCCACAACACCUACCUCAUCGAGGACCAGUUUCGAGGACCAUCCGACAUCUCCGGCUACAUCCGCGCCCUCAAGAUGGGUUGUCGAUGCGUGGAGGUGGAUGUUUGGGACGGCCCUGAAGAGGAGCCAGUUGUGUGCACUGGACACACACUCUCCCCACCACUGGCCUUGCGAUGUGUGUUAGAAGCAAUAGGAAGGUUUGCAUUUGUGGCAUCGGAGUAUCCGCUAAUUGUAUGCAUUGAGAACCACUGUUCACAUCGACAGCAGAAAGUGAUGUGGCAACAUCUCAUGAGGAUACUGGGCGAGAGGUUAUACACAAAUCCCCCAGACGAAGGGGAGUCAUACCUACCAUCGCCCCACGCUCUGAGGCAUCGAAUUCUACUGAAGGGUAAAAAGUUGGGGCCGGGCUCUGAUGGCGAGGACGGGGAGGUAAGCGAAGAGGAUGAAGGAGCAGAGAUGUGUCAAAGGAUGAAAGCAGCCAACAGCGGAGGGGCAGCGCCUGGAGGCAAUGAGAAGGACAUGGUGCAGAAAAGUGUCUCUUUCACAGCUGUCACUCAGUCUAAUCCUCUUCAUCUUCCUCCCAAACAUUUCCAACUCUUGAAGGAGCUCUCCGACCUAGUAACUCUGUGUCACUCAAUCCGCUUCACUGACUUCCAAACAUCAUCCGAAAGCCAAAAAUCGUGGGAACUGUGUUCCUUUCACGAAUCUCUGGCUCUGCGUCUUGCUAGCGAGAGCCCUGGCGACUUCGUUAACCACAACAAGCAUUUCCUAUCGCGGGUGUACCCCAGCCCCAUGCGUAUUGACUCAAGCAACAUGAACCCUCAGGACCUGUGGAAAUGCGGCUGCCAGAUUGUGUCUAUGAAUUUUCAGACAGCAGGACUGAUGAUGGACCUGAACACGGCCUGGUUCCGGCAGAAUGGGAACUGUGGUUAUGUCCUGCGGCCAGCCAUCAUGCGGCAGGAGGUGUCUUAUUUCAGUGCCGACACCAGAGACACAGUGCCCGGUGUGUCUCCACAGCUGCUCCAUGUGAAGGUCAUAAGUGGACAGAACCUGCCUAAGCCGAGGGGUUCGGGGGCCAAGGGAGACGUGGUGGACCCCUACGUGUACGUGGAGAUCCACGGGAUCCCAGCUGACUGCACCGAGCGUCGCACCAGGACGGUGACCCAGAAUGGGGACAACCCCAUCUUCGACGAGAGCUUCGAGUUCCAGAUCAACCUCCCGGAGCUCGCCAUGGUUCGCUUUGUGGUGCUAGAUGACGACUUCAUAGGGGACGAGUUCAUAGGUCAGUAUACCAUCCCUCUGGAGUGUCUUCAGCCAGGCUACCGACACGUGCCCCUCCAGUCUCUGACAGGGGAGGAACUUCCCCAUGCCAAGCUGUUUGUCCACGUGGCCCUCACCAAUCGGAGAGGAGGGGGAAAGCCUCACAAAAGGGGACUGUCUGUUCGGAAGGCCCGCAAAGGGAGGGACUACACAGCUCUGAGGGACUUGGGGGUCCGGGCUGUGGACGAUGUUUUCAAGAUGGCUGCUCCUCUGCUCAGAGAAGCCACUGACCUGAGGGAAAACAUGCAGAACUCAGUAGCAGUGUUCAGGGAGCUGUGCGGGGUGUCAGUGGUUGCGAACCUCAUGCAGUGCGUGCUAGCUCUGGGCUCCAGGGCGUCAGGAUCAGAUGGGGCGCCUUUACUGCUGUUUGACCUCCGGGACCACUACCCCACCCUGGAGCCCCAGGGGCCCCUGCCCGACGUCCUCCGCCGGGUCGUCUCCACCUAUGAAAUGAUGGUCCAGGCGAGCAGAGCCGUGAUCGAGCUCUCCGACGGAAUCUCGGACAGGAUCCUGCAUAUACAGACAAUGGCCAUGGAGUUUCAUGAGAAGCUGCAGAGUCUGGCGGCGAAGGAGGGGUUGAAAGGUCGCAAGGUCAGUCGGGCGCUGGAGAGUUUCAGCUGGAACAUCACCAUCCUUAAGGGUCAGGCCGACCUGCUGAAGCACGCCAAAGCCGAGGUCCAGGAGAACAUGAAGCAGGUCCACGACGCUGCUUUGACGGGAAACCUCAUCAAGGACAGCGUGGGAGUGAGAAGAGUCCGCUCCCAAACGCGACGAGGUCAGGACGAGAGUGCCAGAGGGACCUCGGCGUAGCGAGCAAACGAGCAACAAAUGAGAGAGGACGCCACCGAACUGCCGCCGUAGCUGCUGUGACGAACCUAUAGCAAGUGCAGUGUGUUUUAAGAGAGGAGAAUGCAAGCCGAUGAAUGUAGAAGUCUUCAAAACUCAGCCCCCCUCCACCCACCUCCCGCCCGUAACCACAGAGAGCUGCAAAAGAAGAAGAAGAAGAAGAAGAUAAAUGACACUGGGUAGAUGAACGUAGCUAGAUUUCAAGGUUCAGGCUGUACUGUAAUGUCAACUGUAAAUAUAACAAGUGUCUAUUAACCUCUUCUCAUGUGCAAAGUGUCCUGGAGAGGGAGGAAAACGUCGUUUUUUUUCCCGGCGCACUCUGGGGUGACUCGGAGCUCAGCCGAAACAUCUUCAAAGCCCUUUUGAAACUGCUGAAAAACUGCCACCUCUAUGUGUUCGCAGCCCGUGCUUCACAAAGCUUGUGAAAUGUCUAGCAAUAGCAUGUAAGGAUCCAAAUAAAGACUGGGUUAAGGCAUAUUUAAUCGAAACACACUUUUCCUGUUUAUUAAAUGGGAGAUGAGCAGGAAUCUGGAUGUUUGGGGUCUUUUGACAGUGUGUCUCUUGGACCAAUGCGACCGGUUUGUUUCUCUCCAGCGUUUGUCCAUGAAGCAUCUGUAGAUCCUGGGUCGCUGCUCUUCAUCCAAUCACCUUGAGGUCCUUCGUCUUGCCACGGAAUCUCCACCCUCUAAGCAUCACUGUCUCACAUACAGUAUCCUAUAUUUUUGUAUUUUCCUGAGGCCCUUGUGCUAAUUGAAUCGCUGUUACCCGCCAUAACGAUCAACUCCGUACAUGUAAAUGUCUGCUUCUAGGGAACAAAUACUGUUAUGUUGAAAGUGCUUGUUUGUGUGCAAAACACUGUACAGUAUUUUAAUAUGUAAAUCUAUCCUUUUACUGUAAAGAAUAUUUUACAUAAGUUAUUGACCCUGAAUGAAAACAUUCCAGAUACAUGUGAUCGGUGCAGUAGAUGAGGCUCCACCUGUUCAGUUCAUGAUUACCUUCCUUCACCGUCGGUGUGGAAAUAAACUAGUUUUUAAAUGAC